UCUUUACAUUUUUUUUUUCAGUUCGAGGUUGCUUUUAGAUCAUGUAGAUCAAGUUGAUUACUGGUUGAAGUUUCUUAUACAGUAGAAAUUGUAUUCAUUUAUCUUUUAAGUAGGGGGAUUCAUUGCCAGUUUGCUUUGUUAUUUCACUUUACUAUCUAUGGCAAAAGUCCCAAGUAGGAGCAUGAUAAACAACUCAAUCCGGGGCAAAUUUGAUCUAUACUAUUAUUACUUAACUUAAAACAAAUACCCAUUUAAAAUAAUUCAUAAUAAAUUAAACCUUAUAUGACUCAACAAGAAAAAGUUGAAAAAUCUGAAAAUAGGAUUGAAGGAAUCUGGCUUGAACUUCAAGGGACGAUAUGCCCCAAAGUUUGAGGAAGUACGAAAAAUAUAGUAGUAGCAUCGGUUUCCCACUUUUCAAUCAUGUCUUUUAAAAAUAAUUAUUGUUAGGAAAUACUUCGAAUUUGAUAUCUUCAAUUUCAUCACAAUAUCUUGUGGAGUAAAGUGCACCCGCAAUUCGAGGUCCAGGAAAAUAUCGGACUAUAUUGAGUCAGUUGUAAAAUCUAAUGAAUAAAAAAUAUUACUGACAUGAUAUGCCUGUUGACUACUUUAAUCCCAACUUUCUUAUCUAAUUGUCCUAAUAGCAUUUGAAACCCAGGGAGACCUUUGGUUUGGAGAAAUUGGUAAUGUAUUAAAAUUUUUAAUGCAGAUCAUUUCUUGUAUCUCCAUUGCAAUUAUAAUAUGAUUUAUUUAGGUGUACUUGAAAAAAAAAAAUCUAGUUGACAAAUGAUUUAUUUAUCAUUCCCAGCUUUUCCAUGCUUCCUUUCUCUAAGAUUUUCUCGAGCGAACACUUAAAAAUUGAAUAGAAAGUGAUUAAAAAUGCCCUUAAACUAUGUGACCCUCUUGGUCAUCAGUUAAUAAUUUGGAAAAUGCCUCUACCGUUAAUAGUUUGGUCCAAAAAUGACCUCUUAUUACGGUGUAUUAUUUGGUACUAUAGUAUCUUUUUCAAUUGUUUCUUUAUUACUACAUUGUAGAGCUGAUCUCUUAGCUGUUCUUUUUUCAUAUAUACUUCAUACACACAUCAGAAGUAUUAAAAGAAGAAGACGCAAUCAAUUCAAGGAGAGGUAUACAACAGACUAAACAACCAAAGGGAGAAUUAAAUUAUAUAUUAGAUGAGGAACUCAUCAUUUUCCUCUUUAAUUUACGCUGUUGGAUUGACGAUGAAAUGAUGGAGAUUGAAGAAGCAAACGAACCACAGGGCUGCAAUGGUAUGGUAUAUGCUCAUCUGGCUUGGAAGGAUGUUAAUGUAAUGGUCACACUGAAUAAUGGAGAUACAAGAAAUGUAUUAGAAGGACUUACUGGUUAUGCAGAGCCUGGAACUUUUACUGCCUUAAUGGGCCCUUCUGGCUCUGGUAAAUCUACGCUUCUUGACGCCCUCUCUGGACGUCUUGCUUCUAAUGCUAUUCUCUCUGGAAAAGUUCUACUCAACGGUCGUAAAGCUAAGCUCUCAUUUGCAACUGCAGCAAAUGUAACACAAGAUGAUAAGUUGAUUGGAACGCUAACGGUUCGGGAGAUGAUUUACUAUUCGGCUCAAUUGCGUCUCCCUGAUAGGAUGCCAUUAUCGGAGAAACGAACUCUGGUUGAGAGCAGAGCACAAUUAUUGAAAUGGGUUUACAAGAUUGUGCUGAUACGUUUAUUGGGAAUUGGCACUUGCGCGGUAUUAGCGGAGGAGAAAAGAGGAGAUGCCUCAGCGUUCUUCGUAACACAGACAGUGUUGUCUGUCCAGAGAGGAAGGACUGUGAUAGCGUCAAUUCACCAGCCAAGCAGUGAAGUAUUUGAGCAGUUCGAUAGAUUAUACUUGCUCUCCGGAGGCAAAACAGUUUACUUUGGGCAGGUUUCUGAAGCAUGCAAGGCAAGAUAUAUCUUUUCUACAAAGUCUAGUCUGAAUUAUAUAUUAAAAGGGCAGCCGGGUGCACAGGGUAUGGGAAAGGGGCAGACCACAGGGAUCUAUUGUAUGCAGCCUUACCUUGUAUUUCUGAAUUCUGCAAGAGACCAUCAUUUCCAAAGCUCGAACCACUGGUCACAUGGCAACAACUUUACCAGCUAAGCCAAGACCCCCUUCUAGUUUGAACUAUAUGUGUUAAGUAAUUGACACGCAUAUUAAAAGCACAACCCAACUUCAAAUUCUGGAUUCACAACUAAUGAUUCCUACCUUUCUCUAUUCUGACAUACACAAUCAACAAGCUCCCUCAACUUCUCAAAACUACUUAUUGUUUGCAGUUCUUUGUAGAAACUGGUUUUCCUUGUCCUUCUAUCAGAAAGCCAUUAGAUCAUUUUCUCCGGUGUAUUAACUCCGAUUUCGACAAAGUUAAGGCAACUCUAGGAGGGUCAAUCAAGGUAUAUCUUUUAAGAUCAUCUUGUUACUAAUCAAACUUCAAAAGUUUGCACGUUUUGCCCAGAGAUUUGGGAAUAACUUUUUAAAUUGAUAAAUGCUACUCUUCACCCUUGGGAACACUUGAAACAUACUCAUUAUGCGCAAUGUGUCUUUGUUUUGAAAACAGCAAUAAAAUUGUCACUAAUCCAUAUUAGUCGCCACUUUCUGUAGUCCUUUCUUUAAGCAACAUUAACAUGGAUUUAUAUAUAUUAACAAUGUAUCACAAAUCUUAUCUAGUUGUGUAGUUUAACCGGCUGAAGAUGAUUUUCUUUGUCUGGCUUUCUUUAAGAAAACCAACUUUAGGUGCGGUGACGAUCCUCUAAACAAGAUGUUGAAGUUUGGCUCAUGAGUUGUUAACUAAUGCUGGGUUGGCAUGAUUACAUGGCUGCUGAUGUGUUUUUUCUGUUUCCAGAAGAUAGAAUUUUCUGUAGUAGUUUUUCAGUUAUGAUUUUCCUAGUCUUUAGCCAUAUAGCUAUUGGUGGACUUAGUUCCUAUUAAUUAGGUAGUUCAGUUUUUUGAGUUACUGCAUUAGUUACUGCAGUUUGUUAGGAUUUUGUUGUAUUUAAACAGCUUCUUUGCAGCAUAAUAAAAACAUCUCUCUUUUCCUCUUCA